GGGUGAAGCCCCUCUUUGGUCCUGUCCAGCAGCCUCAUCAGAUUGAAGCUGAAAAGAAAACUGACAAGAAGAGCAUGGCAGACUGGGGAUAUGAUGCCAAAAAUGGUCCCGAGCAAUGGAGCAAGACGUAUCCCAUUGCUAAUGGAAAUAAACAAUCUCCUAUUGAUAUCAAAACCAGUGAAGUCAAGCAUGACACUUCUCUGAAACCUCUCAGUGUCUCCUACAAUCCAGCCAAUGCCAAAGAUAUAAUCAAUGUGGGACAUUCUUUCCAUGUAACUUUUGAGGAGAAUACCCAGUCAGUGCUGAAAGGCGGUCCACUGUCUGAAAGUUACAGGCUCAUUCAGUUCCAUUUCCACUGGGGCAGUACCAAUGACUAUGGUUCUGAGCACACCGUGGAUGGAGUCAAAUAUGCUGCUGAGCUUCACUUAGUUCACUGGAACUCUGCCAAGUACUCUAGCUGCAUUGAAGCUUCCUCGAAGCCCGAUGGGCUGGCGAUUCUUGGUGUUUUGAUGAAGGUUGGUCAGGCCAAUCCAAAGCUGCAAAAAAUACUUGAUGCCCUAAGUGCAAUUAAAACCAAGGGCAAACGAGCCCCAUUCCCCAAUUUUGACCCCUCCACUCUCCUUCCUUCAUCCCUGGAUUACUGGACCUAUGAAGGCUCUCUGACUCAUCCCCCUCUUCAUGAAAGUGUACUCUGGUUCAUCUGUAAGGAGAACAUCAGUGUCAGCUCAGAGCAGCUGGCACAGUUCCGCAGCAUUCUUUCCAGUGGGGAAGGUGAGCCUGCUGUCCCCAUACUGCACAACAACCGGCCACCCCAGCCUCUGAAGGGCAGGACCGUGACAGCCUCGUUCUGAUGGGCACAAGAGGUGUUUCCUCCCUCAAAAGCACAGGCUGGCUCCUGACCCAAUCACCGUUAACAUGAUCAUUGCCAAGAAACAAAUGUAAUUCAGUACUAGGGAGACAGCACAGCUGCAACUUAAUCAGUAGAACUU